AUGACCUUUUUGGCUUUUGGCAAUCACACCGUUCGCAAUUUACUUCAUUCUCCUUAUUUCACCUUCAAAAAAAUACUUUUACGAGAGGAACAUCAUCAAGACAAAGAAUUAUUACAAAUUUUAACUAAUAAAAAAAUACCUUAUCAAUUGUUAAAUAGAGAGCAAUUUUCUCGGUACAGUCCGGACAAAAAAAGUCAAGGAAUAGUGGCUUUUAUCCGCAAUUAUGAUUACAUAACCCUACCUUCUUUAUUAUCCUGCCAGCCACAGCGGAAAUUCCCUUUAAUUAUUGUUUUAGAUGGCAUUGAAGAUCCCCACAAUUUUGGGGCAAUUUUACGAACUAGUGCUGCUUUCAGAAUUGAUGGUUUAAUUAUUGCUAAAAGAAACCAAGUUCAGGUCAAUAGCACGGUAGUUAAGGUUUCCAUGGGGGGGGCAGCUUAUGUUCCAGUCUGUCAAGUAAGUAAUUUAGGAGAAGCAAUUGAAAAACUAAAAGACCAGAAUUAUAAAAUUAUUGCUACAGUCUGCGACCCUAAAUCACAAGCAUAUAACCAGCUUAAAUUCGACGCUCCCACUUGUCUAAUUUUUGGUAAUGAACACGAAGGAAUUAAACCUAAUUUGGUUAAAAAGAGUCAUCAUCGCCUUUAUAUUCCAAUGAGUAAUCAGAUAUCCUCUUUAAAUGUCUCAGUAAGUUGUGGAAUUGUUUUGGCGGAAGUAGUUUCUCAGUGGGAAAAAUAG